GCAUUCUGCUAAGUCACGUGACUUAACUAUCGGCGGUAGCCAUGAUGCAUGCAGUUCGAACAGCAUGUGCAGGGGUUUUGAAAGGCUCUAGCAAAGCCUUUUCGGCCCCUUAUGCACACCAGGCAGCCUAUAAUUCUCUACCAUCAUGCUACAUCUCACAACGUAAAUAUGCUGCUGAGGCUAAGACUGCUGCGGCAGGCCAGAUCAAGGGUCGAGUUGUGGCAGUUAUCGGUGCUGUUGUGGACGUUCAGUUUGAUGAGCAACUGCCACCCAUGUUGAACGCUCUUGAGGUCAAGGAUAGGUCACCUAGACUGGUUCUUGAAGUUGCACAACAUUUAGGUGAGAACACAGUACGUACCAUUGCUAUGGAUGGUACUGAAGGUCUUGUGAGAGGCAAUGUCUGUGUUGACACUGGCAGCCCCAUCUCCAUCCCUGUGGGGCCUGCCACCCUGGGAAGAAUCAUGAACGUUAUUGGUGAACCCAUUGACGAGAGGGGGCCAAUUGGCACUGACAAACGAGCUGCCAUCCACGCUGAAGCUCCCCCAUUUGUGGAGAUGAGCGUAGAACAAGAGGUGCUGGAAACUGGCAUCAAGGUCGUUGAUCUGCUCGCCCCCUACGCAAAGGGUGGCAAGAUUGGUCUGUUCGGAGGUGCUGGUGUGGGCAAGACUGUGUUGAUUAUGGAACUUAUCAACAACAUCGCCAAGGCUCACGGUGGUUACUCAGUGUUUGCCGGUGUAGGAGAACGAACACGUGAGGGAAAUGACUUGUACCACGAAAUGAUCACAUCCAAAGUUAUCAGCUUGACAGACGACACUUCCAAGGUGUCGCUGGUAUACGGACAGAUGAAUGAGCCCCCAGGAGCCCGUGCCCGUGUUGCUUUGACUGGUCUCACUGUUGCCGAGUAUUUCCGUGAUAUUGAAGGACAGGAUGUGCUGCUCUUCAUUGACAACAUCUUCAGAUUCACACAGGCUGGCUCAGAGGUAUCUGCCUUGCUGGGUCGUAUCCCGUCUGCUGUAGGCUACCAGCCAACCCUGGCCACUGACAUGGGUACCAUGCAGGAAAGAAUUACCACCACCAAGAAGGGAUCCAUCACUUCAGUACAGGCCAUCUACGUGCCAGCUGAUGACUUGACAGAUCCUGCCCCUGCCACCACCUUCGCUCAUUUGGACGCAACAACUGUGUUGUCCCGUGGUAUUGCCGAGUUGGGUAUCUACCCCGCUGUGGAUCCCCUUGAUUCAACAUCACGUAUCCUUGAUGGCAACGUCAUCGGAGAGGAGCAUUACGGUGUAGCCCGUGAUGUACAGAAGGUUCUUCAGGACUACAAAUCACUACAGGACAUUAUUGCCAUUUUGGGUAUGGAUGAAUUGUCAGAAGAGGACAAGCUGACCGUGUCUCGGGCCCGUAAGAUGCAGAGAUUCCUCUCACAACCCUUCCAGGUUGCAGAAGUUUUCACUGGCACCCUGGGCAAAUAUGUUGCCCUCAAGGACACCGUAGCUGGCUUCAAAAGUAUCUUAGAUGGUGAGAUGGACCACGUGCCAGAAGCUGCCUUCUACAUGGUAGGAGAUCUUAACGAGGUUGUUGAGAAGGCUGAACGUCUAGCCAACGAGCAACACUAAACAGACUCAUCAUAGAUUGUGCACCAUCGUAACAAAUUGUGACUAAAUGUGCUAAGAGAGAGAAAGUCACUAUAUUUUAGUUGUAUGUUUGAAAUUUAUAAAUUAUUACAGACGUGAUAUUUAGUGAUAAGCCUUGAUUUAAUUAUUAAGGAGAGUGUUUUCUUUCUGGAUUAGUUCAAUUUCCACGAGGCAUGGUGAAAAAUGGCCGCACGUCGAGGAUCAAUACAUCUCUGGGAAUCAGCAGUAGGACUUGGGAUUAUGUGAAUGUUUGUUAUGCUAACUAGUGCUGAUGUGGUUUUGAAUUAAAAAAGAACAAAAUAAA